GAGGAGGCAGCGGCCACCCGAGGCUCGCCGCUCCCAGGCGCAGCGAGGUCUUUGCUAUGAUUGCAGCAGCAGCCGUCUCUACCCGCUGCCCGGACCCCUCGCCACACGGUUCAGCCGGGCUCCGCUCCCCCCGCUGCAUGCCCCCCUGCCCGGGAGCAGCAUGGGCAGCGUCAGUAGCCUCAUCUCCGGCCACAGCUUCCACAGCAAGCACUGCCGAGCCUCCCAGUACAAGCUCCGCAAGUCGUCCCACCUGAAAAAGCUCAACAGGUACUCGGACGGGCUGCUCCGCUUCGGCUUCUCCCAGGACUCCAGCCACAAGUCCAGCUCCAAAAGCAGCAAGAAUGAGGACUUCUUUUACAUCAAGGUCAGCCAGAAAUCUCACGGCUCCCACCGAGCGGACUAUACCUCGCUUGCCGGCGGGGAGCUGGGCAGCCAAGCCGGGACGAGCGGCAUGGACUUCGGGACGCCCACGCCACAGAAGCUGAUGUCCUUUCCCAGUCAGCUGGAAGUGGGUGCGGAGAAGCCGGCUGCACGGCCGACCGCCUUCAAGCCGGUGCUGCCCCGGUCCGGCGCCAUCCUCCACUCCUCCCCGGAGAACGGGGGUCACCUCUCCCAGCAGCUGCAUCCCCCGGACAAAGCCAAGGAGCAGGAGCUGAAGCCGGUGCUGUUCUCGGGGGGUCUGUCCGACUCCGGCAGGAACUCCAUGUCCAGCCUCCCCACCCACAGCACCAGCAGCAGCUACCAGCUCGACCCCCUCGUCACGCCCAUGGGACCCAUCAGCCGCUUCGGGGGCUCAGCCCACAACAUCUUGCAGUGCGCCAUCAUCCAGGACAGCAACAUGAUGAGCCUCAAGGCCAUGUCCUUCUCCGAUGGGGGCAACAAGAUCCUCAACCCCGGCAAAGCCCCCCACCAUCACGCCGCCGAGAAGACCACUUGCAUCCGUUCGCCCAUCUCCACGGAUGAGUCCACCAUCCAGGAGCUGGAGCAGAAGCUGCUAGAGAGGGAGGGAGAGUUGCAGGAGCUCCAGUCGAGCUUCGAGGAGAAGGAAGUCAGCUCCUGCCAGGCUUAUGAAGAGAAGCAGCGGCGCUGCAAGGAAGAGCUGGAGGGCCUCAAGCAGAAAUGCAACAGCAAGCUCAAGCAAACCUCACAGAAAACCCAGCGGACGCAGCAGGUCCUUCACCUCCAGGUGUUCCAGCUGCAGCAGGAGAAGAAGCAGCUCCGGGAGGAGCUGGAGAACCUCAUAAAAGAGCAAAACCUGCUGGAGACCAAGCUGAGGUCCUACGAGAAGGAGAAGACCAGCUUCGUCCCAGCGCUGGAGGAGACCCAGUGGGAGGUGUGCCAGAAGUCAGGGGAGAUCUCCCUGCUGAAGCAGCAGCUGAAGGAGUCCCAGACGGAGCUCAACACCAAGACCACCGAGAUCCUCAGCCUGAAGGCUCAGCUGAAGGAGGUGAGGGUGAAGAUGGAAGGGCUGGAGAUGAAGACCCAGGACCUGGAGGGCUCCCUGCGCACCAAAGCCAUGGAGCUGGAGGUGUGUGAGAACGAGCUCCAGCGCAAGAAGAACGAGUCCGAGCUGCUGAGGGAGAAGGUGAACCUGCUGGAGCAGGAGAUCAUGGACCUGCGGACGGAGCUCGCCGUCCUCAAGGAGCAGCUGAGCGAAGCCCGGGAGGUGGCCAGGCCCUGCGCCGUGGUGGACGAUGCUCAAGCCCUGCAGGGAGAGGUGGAGAGGCUGAGGGCAGAGCUGAAGGCUGAGCGGGACAACAACGAGCAGAUGACCUCCGGCUUCCAGCACGAGCGGCAGACAUGGAAGGAGGAGAAGGAGAAGGUGAUUCACUACCAGAAGCAGCUGCAGCAGAGCUACCUGCACAUGUACAAGAGGAACCAGAACCUGGAGAAGAUGCUCCAGCAGCUCGCCGCGGGGGAAGAUGGCAAGGAGCCUAUCGAGCUGGACAUACCCGGCGCCGACGUCCCCUACGAGGACAUCAUUGCCACCGAGAUCUGAGCCAGGUCUGCCUUCUCCUCCUUGCAGCUCGGGGGCGGGCAUCUCUGCCAGGCGAGAAGCGCUUGCCCCGCAGCUCGGCCCGCGCCUUGUACAGUUCAGAUGAGCCAUGUAUUUAUUAGCGGAGCUGGUGGCCUGGCCAGCUCGCCAGCCCUUCUCCCCUCCCCGCGUCGCACCGCGGCGGUGCCCUCCGCCGCCUGUCGUGUUACAGAGGUGAACAAGCAACUCGUGCCAAUGGUGACGUGCCAGCAGCUCCCCCUCGCCCCCGCGGCCGCCUCGGCAGCACCCCUUCUGCCCCCUUGUAGGACUGAGAAGCCGGCGACGGGGGUGGUCAGGAAACAGGACUUCAGCAAAUAAUCUCCCGUCAGGUGACGAGAUGAUGCAAAACUCCCAGAGGAUGCUCUGCUGCAGGCUCGGAGGGAUCCCAUGACGGCACAGCUCUGGGCACGGGGACACCACAGCCCUUCCCACCGUCUUUGAGAGGAAUCGGCCACGGCACAUUUCCAGCCGCUCCCUGCCCGCAGCCUGGAGGAAGCUCCGUGCUGCUCUCACACCUCCUUAACGUUCCUCCGGUCGGUGCCGAUCUCCAGGGCACCGUGGGAUGGAGGAGCCGCCUCCUGCCGCCGGCACAGGCUGCACAUCCACUUCUCCCAUCCUUCAGCUGCUGUAGUGCCUCAGGAAGGACCCUACCCACACACACGCACACCCCACCUCCUUGCAGCCCACACCCCCACCGAAAUCACCUUUCACUAACGAGCACAGCCCACCCCGCACCCGUCCUGUCCCUUGGCCACAGCCACACCGGCACAUCCCUCCUCCCUGGACCUGCACAGCCAUGGCGAGCCCAGCGUUCCCCGCUCUGACGGACAAGGACUCAGUGUCCCUUUUCUCCAGCUGCCAGACGGGCAACUGGAUUUAAGAAUUAACAGAAGUUUCCAAGCCACAGUCUGACCCGAGGAAUUGAGGGGGAAAUCGGUUGUGUUUGCCCCACGACCCCACGUGCUCUCACUCGCUCGCUGCGACCGUCCCUCCUGGGAACUCCGGCUGCCUUAUCUCCUCCCGUGCCCUUACGUCCACGGGAUCCCGUCAACAGGAGCUCGUUAAAAAAACCCAAACCAACCACUUUCAUUUUGUUUUCUACCCCAGCUCUUAAAAUUUCCUCCUGCCGCCAGCAAGCGGAUAACAAGGCUCCACUGCACAUCACCAGCGGUGACUCUCCUGUCCCCCCAUGGCUCGGCACGGGCCGGGAGGGAAUCAGCCAGCAUCCAGCUUGCCAGGGCGGAGGUCUCCAGCCGGGACCACUUUGUGCUAGUGCAAUGGUAUUUUUACUGCAAUAUGUUUGUUUCCCCAUUAGCGAGCUGGGCACCAGCCUGGGAAGCCCCAUCCCAGGGUUGCGGGGGGAUCUUGCACGAUCCCAUGCCGCAAAUUCGGCCAAGGGCUCAAAGCUGUGCACAAGCAGCAAAAUUCAGCAUCCCUCACCCCGCUCCAGCCAGCCUGUAAAGGCGACACACGGAAACCAGUCUGUGCCUUCUGCGCCUGCCCCCGAGCACCCUGCCGCGGCAUCCCAGCACGUCCCGGUGCUGGCACACAGCACAAGCCAAUCCUUAGCCAUGGUCCGCUGGAGAAAAGCCAACCUCAAAUCCCAGUUCCAGCCCUGCGGCUGUAGGUCAGGGCCACGCUGGGUCAGCCAGCCUUCGCCCAGACCUGCUGAAGGAUGUUUUGGAGAGAAGAUCAGGAGUUGAAGGACGGCACCCGGCUCCGCUCCCGCUCACAAGGCCGGAAGGGAUUUUCUACAUCAUCCAAGCCAUAGCCCUGCACCGAGGGCUCUGCAUCCCCUCCGCACCCCACAUCAGAGCCAGAGCACGGUGUCCAGGAGCUUUCCAGUGCCAAACACGUGGGGUACCGAGGGGAGCAGAGCCCUCCCCGGCUGCCCUGUCCCGCAGCCCCCAGCGAGGUGAUGCCCGCGCCCGCCUGCCCAGCCCUGUUCCUGCUCCCGCUGGUGUCGGUGGCACCGUCCCAGGUCCCCGUCGCCCCAGCCCCGCGUCCUCCCCAGCCAGCGCUGUAUGAUGUGAUUGCCCGGAGGCAUCGACGUGCUGCCUUUGCACAACGCUGUGUGUGACCGUCCGCAUCGCAGGUGUGUCGCUCCCGGUGUGAGCCACGGCCGCCCUGCCCGCUCUGCGGCUGGCCGGGCUCAGCCUGUACAUAUAAUUAUUUUUCUGCAGGUUUUUUGGAUGUUAUUUCUGGUGACCGAUGUAAACUACUGGUAAUUUUAUGUUUUUAUUUAUAAAUAAAUUUUUUAA